AUGACCCGACGACCCUCGCCGCCGCGGGGCUACCGCUGGCGGUCGAAGCGCGCCUUCGUCAUCGCCACCGUCGGCGUCGGCCUCUUCAGCGACCUCUUCCUCUACGGCAUCGUCGUGCCCGUCAUGCCCUUCCUGCUGCGCGACCGCCUCGGCGUCGCCGAACCCUCCGCCGUGCAGGCGCACACCGCGCGCCAGCUCGCCGCCUACGCGGGCUCCUCGGUGCUCUUCGCGCUGCCAGUCGGCUGGGCCGCCGACCGGCUCGGCGCGCGCAAGGCGCCGUUCCUCGUCGGCGUGGCCGCGCUGCUCGCCAGCACCGCGCUGCUCUGCGCGGGGCGCUCGCUGGCGGCGCUGAUCGCGGCGCGGCUGCUGCAGGGCCUCUCGGUCGCGAUAGUGUGGGCGGUCGGCUUCGCGACGAUCCAGGACUUGGUGGGAUCGGCGGAGCUGGGAAGCGUGACGGGGGCCAUAUUCUCGUUCGUGUCCGCGGGGGAGCUGGUGGCGCCGGCGCUGGGCGGCUUCUUGUACGACCGCGGCGGGAUGGGGGCUAUCUUUGCGCUCAGCGCAGCGGUGCUGCUGGUCGACAUAGCCAUGCGGCUGCUGAUGCUGGACAAGCUGGAGAUGGACGGUUAUGAAGUGGUGCCCGAGGUGGACAAGAGCCCAGCAGCAUCGGAGGCCGUUGAGAGUGUCGUUGCUCAAGGCGACUUCGGCGACGUGAGCGAGACAUCGCCCUUGCUUGUCCGGAGCGACGAGACAAAGUGCGCUGACUUUCGUCUGCCGGAGAAUGCAGGCUGGCUUGCGCAAAACCUCCCGGUGCUGUACUGUAUGCGCGACCCGCGGCUGUCCAUGGCCAUGGUCAUCUCCCUGGUGCAGGGCGUCUUUCUCGGUGUCAUCGACGCGACGUUGCCGAUUGAGCUGUCGAACAUCUUCUCCUUCUCCUCAAACCAAGUCGGCAUGGUAUUCGUCUGCUUGAUGGUGCCCUUUGUUGGGUUGGGCCGACCAGCGGGCUGGGCGGUAGACAGAUACGGGUCCAGAGCGCUGGCGACGACGGGAUACCUGCUCAUGACACUUGCGAUCGGCCUCUUGUCCUUGCCGUCGCUCGGAGUACUGCCUGAAGCUGCCAAGCUACCGUUCUUCUGCACCGUCCUGGCGCUCAACGGCGUUGCGCUGGCGAUGACGGGGCCCAUCAGCUUCGUCGAGGCCGGAAGCACCAUUGAAUCCUACCACUUGACGAAUCCCGGGUUCUUCGGCAAGCAUGGGCCGUAUGCGCAGCUGCACGGGCUCAACUCGUUGUUCUUCUUUGCGGGGCUGGCGAUUGGUCCGCUGGCUGGCGGCUGGAUCAGUGAAGCGUACAGCUUCCACACGAUGGCGCUUGCGUCUGCGGGCGUCGCUGCUGCGAUGGUAGGGUUGGUUUUGAGGUUGGUUGGGAAGAGUACGAGUGAGAGUGUGUAA